GGGGAUGGGGAUGGGAAUGGGGAUGGGCAUGGGAAUGGAAAUUGGGAGCAGGGAUGAGGAUGGAAUGGGGAUAGGAGGAGGAAGCAGCUCAGCUCUGCUUCCUCAGCCCAGAGCACAUUUUGGCAAUGAUGUCAGAGCCCUUCCGAGAAGAGGAAUUGUUUCUGAGAAGCACCCAGCAGCCUCACCUACACUGGCAGCACUGCCAACAUUCCAGUGCCACCAGCAGCAGCAGCCUCCCUCUGCUGCUGGAGGGACAGUGAUCACUCAGAGGAUAGAAACGAGGAAUGGUAGAAACUUGUCAGGAGAGGGAAGGCAGUUGGAGAAUGGUCCAUUCUGCAGGGAAGGAGGGUUUCUCAUCAGGAGGGAAAGAGGAGCCAAUCACAGAAAUCUUCAUUUAGAGCUUCUGACAAAAGCCACUUCCUCUGAAGAAGAAAAAAAAAAAAGCCACACCCAAAACAAAUAACUCUGAGGAACUGAAAUUCUGAAGUAGGCAAAGUUGCAGUUUUUCACUCCCUUACUCCACCAUGUGUCCACCGAGCCUUUGGGAACAAUAUCAUGACAGGGCACGGAGAGGAGCCAGACUGAUGGACGUGAGGAGCUCCUGGUGAUUUGAGCACUUUCUCCUUCAUGUCACUGACCUGGGAGGAUCUGCGUUAGGACAUGGAUCCCAAAGGAGCAAGAGGUACCAGGAAGCACUGCUGAUCUGCGCAGACCCCUUUGCCUACUGCUGCUCCACAGGGAACAGGGAGCUGCUGAGGAGCCGCAUGGUCCAUUCCUGGAUUCUCCAAGCACUGACUCCCCAUCCCCUCUGACCACAGCCAGGGGCCACAUCCCACUGCCUGCCCAGCGUCCAUCCAUGGAGGUGACCACCAUGUCCCCAUCUCCCACCUCACCGACCAACGGACCUGGUCAGUGUGAGAUCAAUGUCUCCAACGUGGCCAUAGACCUUGUGACGCUGCUCUUCAGUGUCUGUGGGCUGGUUGGGAACGGGGCUUUCCUCUGGCUCCUCCACAUUAAUGCCAUCACCGACUUCGUCUUCAACCAGGCCAUCACCAACUUCCUCUUCCUUAUCUUCAUGAUACCCUCCGCCCUGCUUUUCCUGCUGGAGGAAGUGUCCUGUUCUGCUAUAAUGGCCCCAAUGUAUCUGAGCUUGCUUUUCUCUCUGUCACUGUUCUCCUACACCAUGGGGCUGUACCGGCUGACAUUCAUUAGCAUUGAGAGGUGCAGGUCCAUCCUCUGCCUGUUUUUCUGUGGUUGCCAACUUCCUGAGCGCCUGCUGUGGGUGGUGAUGAGUGUACUGUACUGGGCAUUCCUUUUCAUGGUCAUCACUGUCAAUCCCAUGGUGACUUCCCUGUGCCAGUCACACGAGCAGGAGCAAUGCCAGGUGGCUCUCACCUCCAUGCACGCCCUCAACCUUUUCCUAGUAGCUGCACCGCUGCUCAUUUCCAGCACAAUCCUCUUCAUUAAUUUCAAGCCCGGCUCCCAGCAGCAGAAACACAAGAGGCUUGACACCGCGAUUGUCCUCAUUGCACUCUUCAGUCUGCCCCUCAGUCUCUGCUCUUUCCUGCAGCAGCUCGGUUACACAGUUGUGCCCUCCCACACGGUUUUCCUGCUCACCUGCAUCACCAGCAGCAUCAAACCCUUCAUCUACUUCUUGGUGGGGAGCUGGAAGAGAGACUGCUCCAUGGGGAGCUGCUGGAGACACUGCUCCAUGGGAAGCUGCAGGAGGCACUCCUCCAUGCAGUCCCUAAGGAAGGCGAUCCGCAGGGUGUUUGAGGAGCCAAAAAGAAACACUGCCUGUGGAAAUGAUCCCAACAUGGACACAGUGCUCUGAGCCUGUUGAUGCCUUCCACUGCACUCCUGAAGGACCCCAGGACAGUGGCUGAGAGAUUCCUUGAGCUGCCUGAUCGAUAAAUCUCCACAGGGUCACCCUCCCUGUGCUGGUGCAUCCCCCACCCCCUUUCCAGGCCGCACUGGGCUCUGAUUCGUGCUUGGGAGGCCUCAGCCUUGAGGAGCAGCCCCUGGGCUCAGCUCCUCUGGCACUGAUCAGAAACACCCUCUGCUCCCAGGAACUGCUGCUGGCCAACGACCCCCUGGGCUUUUAUCAACAGCCUUGGGAAUUAUUUCACUUCCCUGAAUGCCACACCAUCCCUGCUCCCACACUUUCACAGAAAGUUGCCUGCCCAAAGUGUGGCCAGGGUGAAACAUUGGUGUGGCUGAAGCCCAUCCCUUGGGGCCCUGUAAGCAGCGGUCCAAAAGGAGACCCUUGGAGCUCUCCUGGGCCCAGCAGCGCUGACCAGAAGCUCCCUGGCAGUGGGGCCUCUCCGAGCUGGGAUCUCUCCCGUCUGCUGCCCUCGGGUGAUGCCCCAACGCCGACGGCUCCUGGGCCGAUCCCCCAGCGCUCGAGGCCCAAGCCUUGGCACAGUGAGGAGAUGCAAACGGAUCCGCAGUGAGCAUUUCACUGCCUCCCAGGGGAAUUUCUCACAGGCACCUUGCACUGACUCUUUCUCUCUGUGUGCACACACCUGUGCAUCUGCUCUGGCAAAUGUGGGGGAGAUGCUGCUCUCUCAGGUGUUCCAGUACCUGAGACAUCUGAGUGAGUCAGGCCUGGAAGCAAGGUUAAGGCAUGAGAUACCAUUGCAGCUAAAUGCAGUUCAUGUUAUUUCCUUGCUAAAUUGUUUACUUCAAGGUACAAAAGCAGGAAUGGCUGGGAGAAGCAGAGACACUGCUCAUGGUCCCAGGUGGAGCAGGGCAGGAGCGGGGCUGUCGUAGGGGAAAAGGCGGCCCUGGGGAGGGUCUGGGAGUUGUCAGAGGGUUCCAGAAGGGUCAGAGUGUUCUGGAAUGUUCUGGAGAAGUUCAGGAAGUGUCUGGAUGCUGCUGAUUCCAAAUGUUCUGACUGAAGAGCAGUGGAGCCCAAGGGGCAGCGCUUCAAGAUUGCCCCAAAACCACUGCAGACCUCCUUAUCUGUUUUCCAGCCACGUUUGUCACCCUGUGUUCUCCUGAGGAGCACAUUGGAGCUGGACUUUCCUCCUCCCUCCUGGAUCCUAGAACACUAUGGCCAGGAGGAGCAGGGACACUGCCGGGGUCUCUGGUGGAGCAGGGCAGGAUCGGGGCUGUUGGGGGGAAAAGGGGGCCCCAGGGAUGGUCUGGGGUGUUAGAGGCCAUUUCAAAGCGGUCAGGAGAGGGUCAGAGGGGGUUGGAGGGGGUCUGGAUGCCGGCAAUCCCAGAGGAAAACAGAGCUUCACAGGCCACGCUCAGAGUGAGGGAGUGGCAGCUGUCUGGGAAGCCUGUGGGAUGUGAUAGGAUGGGGUGAGGAAGGAGAGCGGGGUGGGAAUGGGAUGGUGAUGGAGAGCAGGGAUGAGGAUGGCAUGGGAUAUGAUAGGGAGCAGCUGACCUGUGCUUCCUUGGACCCGGGGCAUGUUUUGGCAAUGAUCAUGGAGCCCUUCCUGGAAUGGAAGUUGCUUCUGAGAAGCACCCAGCUGACUCAUCAGCACUGCCAGCACUGCCAGCAUUCCAGUGCCACCAGCAUCUCUCUGCUGCUGGAGGGACAAUGACCCCUCAGGGAAGAAACAAGGAGUGGUAGAAGCCUGUCCAGAGAGGGAAGACAUUUGGAGAGUGAAACGGAAGGAGUCUUUCUAAUCAGGAUACAAUUAUGUGCCAAAGUAUUUCAUUUGGAGCUUUUGACAAAAGUCACUACCUCUGUAGGAAAAAAAAAAAAUCCACCCAGGAUAAAUAUCUAUGAGGAAGUGAAGCUCUGACAUAGCCAAAGAUGCGACUUCUGACUGCCCCAUGACUGCACCGAGUCAUGGGUGGCAACAACAGGAUUGGGCACGGACAGCAGGUGGUGGGACAGGAGUGGGGAGCUCCUGGUGAUCUGGGCACUUUCUCCUUCAUGUCACUGACCUGGCAGGAGCCACUUUAGGACAUGGAUCCCAAAGGAGCAAGAGGUACCAGGAAGCGCCGCUGAUCUGCACAGACCCCUUUGCCUGCUGCUGCCCCACAGGGAACAGGGAGCUGCUGAAGAGGCUGUGUGGUCCAUCCCUGGAUUCUCCAAGCACUGACUCCCCAUCCACUCUGACCACAGCCCGGGUCACAUCCCACUGCCUGCCCAGCGUCCAUCCAUG